AUGCGCCUCAUUCUGCCGAAUCCCGUCGGCGGCCCGGUGACGAUCGACACGAGCGUCCUCAGCGCCGGCUGGAACACUGUUCGUCAUCGCCUCACGCCGCUCGCUCCCUCGGCCCGUCGUACACAACUGCGUCUCCUCCUCUUGGUCGGUCUCGUGGCCUUGGUCACAUUCGUGCACCCCGCACCACCGUUCCCUCCCAGCUACUCGGCCGAAUACAGGAUCGAGCGAGACUUGCCCCAGCAUGACCGGACUUUGCCGUUUCCAGAGGGCAAGAAUGGCCGGUAUAUCAAGUUUGACGUGCCUCAGGGGACUGGUUUCAACCACCACCUGCAGCGGGUCCUCCUGCAACACCACAUUGCCGUCUUGAGCAACCGCUCCCUUGCAUUCGAGCCAGUCGUCAAGGACGAGACCUGGCUGCCGUUUGAGCUUACACGCUGGCCGUGGCGCUCUGCGCGGAUCCCGCUCUCGGCCUAUGUCGGCAACGUGAUCAACGGCUUUGAGCGGUUCUACAACACCCCUCGCGCCGUCAGUGCCGACUUUUACGCGUCUGUCUGCCCCAGAUCCAAGCAGCAUGUGAUCACCGUCCGCAGCGCCGAGUAUCCCGACGGCGACCUCGAGCUGUCCCUCGACGGCCAGUCCCGUAUCACGCAGCUCCAGGUGGCGCUGUUGACGAGCGACAAGGGCUGUGUCCGUGUAAAGGGCGAGGUGUUUGACGAUGCAUACUUUGACUCUCAGGCGCCCAUCGACAUUGUCGACAAGCUCAUCAAGUCGCCCGUCCUCCAGCACUUUACCUUUUCGCCCUCGGUGCUGGCCAUUGUCAACAGCGUCAUGAAGGCCAUCGCCCCCGAGUCGCCGCUGUACAACCUCGACAACUACUUUCGCGCACACAGCACCUCGGCACCACGCACCUCGCAGUGGCGGCACGUCCUCGCCCUCCACCUUCGUCGCGGGGACGAGUGGGUCGCCACCUGCCACGAGAAGGGGAUGCGUCGAGCCCCGUUUGCCGGUUUCAACAAACUCCCACUGCUCCCAGGUAACGAAAACGUCCCUCCGGCCGAGGACAUGGUCGAGGCCACCCGGUUGGGCCUGUACAAUGCCAAGUGCCUUCCGGACGUGACCGCGAUCAUUGCGCGCGCGCGCCGCAUGCGCAAAAACCACCCGCUCCUCCGCACCAUCUACAUCUUGACCGACGCGCCCGACGAGUGGAUCGACGAGGUGCGCCGGUGGCUCGUCAGCGACGCAUGGGAUAACGUGUUUAUCGGCCGCACUGACGUGUACGAUGCGUGGCCGGACCGUGAGGUCGGCGUGGCAGUGGACAUGGAGGUGGCGCGCCGCGCCGGCGUGUUUGUGGGCAACGGCUUCUCCACCACGUCCUCGAACGUGGUCCUCUUGAGGCAGCGCGACGGCGUCCACCCAGACUUUACCCAGUUCUGGUAA